CCUGGGUGAGUAGUGAAUUGCAGCCUGUAAUGGGUUAACUUGUUCCAGUUAGAUCAGGAAAUGGGAGGAGACUGGCACUUACGUCACAGCUGAAAGAGAAACUAAAAGGAGGAAAAGGGCCGCAUGUUUUUACUUUCCUUUACAGAUCUAAAAAGAUUUAGACCUACAUACUCCAGACAUGGCUUCUGCUGCUGCUAGUAGUCUACUUGCUGAGGACAAUUUUCUUUGUUCCAUCUGUCUGGAUGUGUUCACUAAACCAGUGUCGAUUCCCUGUGGGCACAACUUCUGUUUUGACUGCAUCACAAACUACUGGGACACUAACGAUACUGUAAUGCAAUGUCCACUGUGUAAAGAGAACUUCUACAGCAGGCCAAUGCUUCGGGUUAACACUUUCAUUGAUGGGAUGGCUGCAAAGGUUAAGAAAUCGAUUGAAGAAAGAUCUUAUAGUCCCCCUGAAAAAGUAGGAAAUGGAAACGUGCUCUGUGAUAUGUGCAAAGGGGCAAAGCUCACAGCCCUCAAGUCCUGCUUAGUGUGUUUCAUGUCUUUCUGUGACACACAUCUGGAGCGUCAUAGGACAAUUCCAGCCAUGAAAAAACACAAGCUAAUCCAACCGGUUGAGAACCUAGAGAGCAGGAUGUGCAAGGUGCACGACGAGCCUUUUGAGCUGUUUUGCAAGGUGGACGAAAUGUUUGCAUGUCAGUCCUGUAAAAACAGUGCCCAUAAAACCCAUAAGAUGGUGAGUCUGGAGGAGGAGGCACAAAUGAGAAAGACACAGCUGGGAAUGGAGAAGAAAAGCACGGAUCAGAUGAUCCAGGCGCGUCAGCAGAAAAUUCACAAGAUCCAAAACUCAGUGGAGGCUAGCAGGAAUAAUGCAGCAAAGGCGCUGUCAUACAACAUGAGUGUGAUGACUUCUGUGGUGGACUACAUCAAGAGAAGCCAAGCUGAGCUGACCGAGGUAAUUGAGACGAAGCAGAAAAAAAUUGAAACAGAAACAAAAGGCUUCAUUAAAGAACUGGAGGGAGAAAUUUUGCAAAUAAAGCAAAUAAACUCGCAGCUUAAUCAAGUCUCACUUAGCGACGAUGCCUUGACGUUCCUCGAGAAUGUCCUGUCAAUUACCAUCAUUUCGCCCCAGGUUAAGGACUGGUCUGAUUUGACUCUUACCAAUGAUGAGUUUACAGUGCAAGGAGCCAUGGCCAUGCUGGAGACAACGGUGAGGAGAGAAGUACGGAUGCUUUGUGAUCCCGACUUGAAAGAAAUGAAGCGACAUGCUGUGGAUGUGACACUGGAUCCUGACACAGCAAACCCUCUUCUCAAUAUUUCUUCGGAUGGGAAACAAGUCACGCAUGGAGACAGAAAGAGGAAUCUCCCAAACAAACCAGAGAGGUUUGAACAUGUCCUUAAUGUUCUUGCAAAGGAGGGUUUCUCCUUGGGAAAAUUCUACUAUGAGGUCCAGGUUAAAGACAAGACAAACUGGGAUUUAGGAGUUGCAAACCAGUCCAUCAACAGGAAGGGGGAUAUAAGAUUAAGCCCCAAGAAUGGCUACUGGACUAUAUGGCUGAGAAACGGAAGUGAGUUAACAGCUAAUGCCGGCCCUGCCAUUAAUCUUAAUGUGAGGGAGAUGCCUCAAAAGGUUGGGGUGUUUGUUGAUUACGAGGGGGGUCAAGUUUCCUUCUAUGACGCGGACGCCAGGGCUUGCCUCUUCUCCUUCACCGGAUGUCAUUUCACUGAGAAGCUCUUUCCGUUCUUCAGCCCCUGUGCUAAUGACGGUGACAAAAAUUCAGCCCCCUUGAUCAUCACUCUUGUCAAAUAAACCGGCUGAGCUCCUGUUCUGUUUUCUGGAUUUGUGAAAGAAAAAAAAGAGACAGGGCGAGGGACUUGGAGAGAGAUCACACAAUAGCAGAGCGCUGAAAUGUUUUUAUCUGUGGAAAUCCGGUGUGUCAUUCGGUUUCCCCCAUCCAUCAAUGCCAGAACUGUGUGUCGGCCUGUCACACAGACAGCUGUAGAUCUCCAACUGAACACACACACACACACACACACACACACACACACACACACACACACACACACACACACACACACACACACGUUACAGAAAGAAAUCUUUACGAGCUGGCCAUUUAUUUCGAGCUACUCUUGCCUGCCAACAGACCAAAGAUGGGUGACAUAGCAUUUAAAAAUAUUUUAUAGCACUUGUUUGUUUGUGCAUCUUGAAGUGCCACAUAUCAGAACUGUUUAUUGAUGACACCUUUAGCAGGUUGAAAUAACUAUUACUGUCUUCACAAAAUACUCUUUGACCUACAUGGGAUACAGGACAGCAUGUCCCAAGGUGACCCUCACAACACAACCUGCAAUAGAAAACAAAUCAGCGCCCUGUUGUUAACAGCAUACAGAAACUAUUCAAUUGUUAUUAUGUAGCUCUGGAUGAGCAUUAUUUUCUUUCCACAAAUGAUGUUUUAUUUACUUAAAGAGGAUACUAUUAGAAUGGAUCUGUCACAAUACUGGAACCUGACUGGCACAAAAUGCCAUGUUCUCUAAUUAAAAUCAGCCAAACCAGCUUUCCAAGUUAAAAUGCAGUGAAUAUGUCUGGUAAAGAGAGCAACUGUUCUAAUUGAGCAGAGCCAAUUAAACUCUAAAGUUGUGUGCAUAUUGUUUUUUUGGAUACUGUUCUGCCAACAAGAAUAGCAUCAUAAGUGUCAGCAAGUGAUUAUUUUAACCUUAACCAUCAUCUCUAACUAUAGUGUUGCCAAAUCAUAAAACUGAUUUAACAUGACAAAGCUGUAAAUAAAAGAUAAAGAUGUAAUAGAUUUUGAAAGUCACAAACUAUUGACGUCCUGCUGAUAGAGGGCACUGACAAACAAAGUAUUGUGUUGCUUGUAUAUGCAAGACUAGUUGUUGUUGUUAUUGUAAACUGGAAUGAUUUACUGGUUUCAAGUUUUUUUAAAACAUCAGUGACCAUUUAUACACAUGAUGUACUGUAGAAACAAAUGAACAAUCUGUAAUAAUGCUAAAACAAUUAGUCAAUUAAUUGAUUAGAAAAUGAAUCGACAAAAUUCUCCAAUGUGAAGAUUUGCUGCUGUUUUAUCUUCACUGUAAAUUAAUUAAAAAAAAAAAGAAAAUCUUUUUUAAGGAUGUCCCUUUGAGGUCUGACAGAUUGUGAUGGUCAUUCUGUUUCCUGACAUUUCAUUUGAUCUUUUAAAUGAUGAGUUGUA